AUGGCACGGCCCAUUCAGGUGAAGCCCGCAGACAGCGAAAGUCGGGGAGGUGACCGCAAACUGUUUGUGGGGAUGCUGAGCAAACAACAAUCAGAAGAAGAGGUGACCAGCAUGUUUCAAGCCUUUGGCUCUAUUGAGGAAUGUUCUGUUCUACGGGGGCCUGAUGGAAGCAGCAAAGGCUGUGCUUUUGUAAAGUUUUCAUCUCAUGCUGAAGCUCAGGCAGCGAUACAUGCCCUGCAUGGAAGUCAGACAAUGCCAGGUGCCUCAUCCAGCCUUGUGGUUAAAUUUGCGGAUACAGAUAAGGAGAGAACACUGCGCCGGAUGCAACAAAUGGUUGGUCAGCUGGGAAUCUUUACCCCAUCAUUAGCACUCCCCAUAAGUCCAUACAGUGCAUAUGCACAAGCGCUGAUGCAACAGCAGACAACAGUUCUGUCAACAUCUCACGGUAGUUAUCUGAGCCCUGGCGUGGCGUUUCCCCCAUGCCAUAUUCAACAAAUAGGAGCUGUCAACCUGAAUGGGCUCCCUGCCACACCCAUCACACCAGCAUCAGGACUACAUUCUCCGCCAGUCAUUGGUACUGCUGCUGUACCUGGCCUGGUUGCCCCACUAACCAAUGGAUUUCCGGGGCUCGUACCAUUUCCUAGCAGCCAUCCUGCUUUGGAUACAAUUUACACCAAUAGCAUUGUGCCAUACCCAGCCCAAAGUCCAGCACUGACAGUGGAGAGUCUGCACCCAUCCUUCCCUGGGGUACAGCAGUAUUCAGCUAUUUAUCCCACUGCAGCUCUUACACCUGUCACACACAGCACCCCACAGCCUCCUCCUAUCCUGCAACAACGUGAAGGACCCGAGGGCUGUAACCUAUUCAUCUAUCACCUGCCCCAAGAGUUUGGGGAUAAUGAGCUUACACAAAUGUUUCUGCCCUUUGGAAACAUCAUUUCAUCCAAAGUGUUCAUGGAUCGAGCGACCAAUCAGAGCAAAUGUUUUGGAUUUGUCAGUUUUGAUAAUCCAUCCAGUGCUCAAACGGCAAUCCAAGCCAUGAAUGGAUUUCAAAUAGGAAUGAAAAGGCUUAAGGUCCAGCUAAAGAGGCCCAAGGACACAAGCCAACCAUACUGA